CCGAUGGUGCUGAUGGUGCUGGUGGCUCGCCUCGCCUGGCUGCCUGAGUAUAUAGGCGGCAAGCAGUCUCUCUCAACUUGUUGCUCAACAACACCGAGACAAUCAGCACGCAGCGAAACUUUGGCGCCAAGAUGCAUCUCAUCCUCACCGGCGCGACGGGCCUCGUUGGCGCGUCGGUCCUCCACAACAUGCUGGCGCAAGAGAGCAUCAGCCGCAUCUCCAUCCUCAGCAGACGCCCCGUCAAGAUGGCAGAAGGCCACGCCAAGGCCAAUGUCAUCAUACACAACGACUUCAAAAACUACGACCAGGCGCUCCUCGACGAGCUGAAGGAUGCGCAUGGAUGUGUCUGGGCACAGGGCAUAUCGCAGAACGCCGUUACCAAGGAGCAGUACCAAGAAAUCACCCAUGAAUACCCUCUCGCUGCGGCGCGCGCCUUUGCCACGCUGCACCCCGACUCGCCAUUUACCUUUGUCCAUGUGUCGGGCGAAGGCGCCACACAAUCUCCGGGCAUCUUUACGCCUCUGUUUGGACGUGUCAAGGGCGAGAUUGAAUCGGCGCUGGUCGAACUGGGCAAGCAGAAGCCCAUGUUUAGGGUAUACAACGUGCGACCAGGAGGGGUCGACUGGACAAACCACGCAGAGAUCCAUGCAUUCAUCCCCAAGCAAGACAUGUACAAGAAGGUUCUGAUUGGGCCCAUGAACCUGCUCUACAAGAGCAUGAUGACGCCCACCAGGGAGAUGGGCAAGGUCAUGACGCAGCUGGCCAUGUCCAAGGGCGAGCCGUUGGAGGCUAAAGACGUGGGCAUGGAGGGACGGCUGGUACCGAAUGUAGCCCUGCGGCGGAUGGGGGGGUUAUAAGCGCACAUAUGCAUAAGGCCAGGAUCGGCGGCUGGAGCCCGCUUCCUUUGUUUCCUUUUGGCAAUGGCCAGCCCACGCCGCAAGACGUCAAUUUAAAUGUAUCACCAUCGCUCUCUCAUCACCAUGCCAUGCUUGCUUUUCCAUGGAGCCCCUCAUAUGGCAGUAUGGGUACUAUCGGGAGUAUC